AUGGCAGUAGCAGUACCAAAGAAGAACUUGAGCGAAUGGCACUCUCCAUCAACCCGACCAGAGGUGAUUCACGAGUUGAUCCAUGGUGUUGAUCGAUAUAACCCCACCAACCUCCCUUUUAUGGAAGAAUACCUCUUAUCUCAGAUCAAAGAAGGUCAAUAUGACUUGUUCGCCAAUUUAGCUAUAUUGAAAUUAUAUCAAUUCAACCCUCAACAUUCUAAUCCAGAUAUCAUCAUUCACAUAUUGAUCAAAGCAUUGAGCUCAACUGUACAUGGACCAGACUUCAACUUGUCAUUGGGUCUGUUGAGAGAACCUACGGCAAUCCUCCACGAUAUCGAAUCAGAUGACGAGGCGUUGUCAAUCUUGAUGCCCUAUUUGACGAAUCUGCACGAGUUGAUCAGGACUUGUCAAUUCACCAAGUUCUGGAAAGAGUUCAACGGUGAAUCAGAAGCUGCCAAUAUUCUCAAAACCCGAUAUCUCCCUUCGCAUUCCACCCCCAUCGAUGACCUCCGAUUCCAGUUCUCCCUCUCUAUAGCCUCAUGCUUCUCUACCAUUUCUCUCAACCAACUUUCAAGAUGGUUAGAUCUCUCUUCAUCCGAGGUGAGCGGGUACGUAGAGAAGAUCGGAUGGAAUGUCGAAGGUGAUAAGGCGGUGGUACCGAAGAAUGGUGACAAUGAUGUUAAAGCUGGUGUGGUCAAGGAGAAUGUUCAAUUGAGUCAAUUGACAAAACUCGUGGCUGCUGCUGGAUACUAG